AUGUCGAGCGAUGAUAGUCAGGUAACCCUCGGUUCUAUUCAGAAGUUAUUGCAGGAUUUAUUCGGGAAGACAGAGCAGCAGUUAGCUACAGCUGCGCUCUCGGAGAAGCUCGGAGGAUUCGAGAAGCGGUCCACCGCUCAGGUGGCCGCCUUGUCUGAAACCGUCUCCGAGCUGUCUAACGCUCACAACGCUUACGCAGCCCAAGUGGACGCGCUUGUGGAAGGGACAUAUGUCAGUACCGCGCUCCGCAGGAACUCCACACCUGGCCACAUCCGCACUCCGACCCAGCACAGGGCGGUGGCCGUGCCCAAUCCGGAGAUUUCAUUCCUCCAGAAUGAGAUGCGAGCCAUGCAGUCAAAGGUCCACUAUGCGACUAGCUCCGCCCCUAAUAUCGAUCGAGUCAUCGAGGAGUCGAAGCGGACUCCAUUCUCGCGUAGAAUCUCUACAAUGCGUAUCAAAGAUACGCGAAAGGUUAAAUUUCUCAGCUACGAAGGAAAGGGCGACCCUAAAGUUCACCUCCACACUUUCCUCCUUACGGUAGGAAGGGUUGACUUCGAUCCUUAUGAGGAGGAUGCGGGGUAUUGCAAGCUCUUCGCCGAAACAUUUGUCGGACCAGCCCUCCUGUGGUUUGCCUCGCUUCAAGAAGGGACGAUCGACAGCUUCACUCAACUCUCCACUACAUUCGUGAAGCAGUAUUCGAGUUUCAUAGGAGUGGGUGUGACCGACGCUCAGUUGUGGAAUUUGAGCCAGGGUCCAAACGAUUCACUUCGGUCUUACAUCACUAAGUUUAAAGAAAUAAUGGUCCAGAUCCCCAGACUCCCCGACUCGGCGGCAUUGUCCGCCCUUAAAAAUGGUUUAUGGCACGAAUCUCGACUCAGGGAAGAGUUGACGGUUAACCGCCCUUCCAGUAUCCAGGACGCCCUCCACUGGGCAUCAAACUGGAUCAUAGCGGAGGAGGAGAAAGCCGCACUCGCCAAGAAGUAUAAAGUAACUCCCAAACCGAGCUUCGAUCAGGGAGCCAGACAGUACGUGCAGGGGCAAAGGCCGGGACCAGCCUCCUUCGCGGUGGACCACCAGAAGGGGGGACCUAAGGGCGCCCCAUCGAAACAAAGGUUCGGAUCGCGAGGUAGAAACGGAGCCUUACCGAGCAAUAAGUGGACUCGGGAGAAGCAGGAGAACAAUUCUUUUUGCGAACUCCACAAGGUGGCUGGGCACGCCACCCCGAACUGCAAAAAACUCAUGCUCUUACGCGCCGAAAGGUUCAUGAACGGGGUGAUGCCGGACAUAACAAUCGAUGAGCUCAAUCAGGCGCAAAACGCAGUUCAGCUCGUAUCUGAGGCAGUUGCCGAAGAGGAGGAGCUCCCCCCGGCCAAAAAACCGAAGGCACUUAUCGAAGAGAUCCCUCAAGAAACAAAGAAGCGCAUCGACGUGAUUAUGGGCGGGUCCAGGAUAUUUUGA